AUGGCCGAGGAGGACCCCCAGCAGCAACAGCAGCAGCAGCAGCAGCAGCAGCAACAGCAGCAGCAGGCAGACCGCGGGGCGGGGAGCCUGCCCGGCCUGCUCCCCGGGCUGCAGGGCGCCGAGGCCAGCGCUCUGCAGCUCAGGAUCAAGAACUCCAUCUGCAAAUCUGUUCAAUCAAAAGUGGAAAACAUCCUGCAAGAUGUCGAGAAGUUCUCAGACAUCGAAAAGCUCUACCUCUACCUUAAGUUGCCUUCUGGUCCCAACAGUAGCGCUGAUAAAAGUGACCAGAGCGCCCUGUCGUCGAGCCGCACACAGCAGAUGCAUGCGUUCAGCUGGAUCCGCAAUCAUUUAGAGGAAUACCCAGAGACCUCUCUUCCCAAACAGGAGGUUUAUGAUGAAUACAAGAGCUUCUGUGACAAUCUUAAUUACCACCCACUGAGUGCUGCAGACUUUGGAAAAAUGAUGAAAAAUGUCUUCCCGAACAUGAAGGCGCGUCGACUUGGCAUGAGAGGAAAAUCAAAAUAUUGCUAUAGCGGACUAAGGAAGAGACCCUUUGUUCACAUGCCAUCAUUACCCACUCUGGAUCUCCAUAAAACAGGGGAAGGACUCCAGUGUGACGUCCUGGAGUCUCCGGGUCAGCUGAGCAGCAUAAAGGAGGAGGUGCGAUUUGCGGCCUGUGAUCUGGUGUGUGAGUGGGCCCAAAAGGUGCUGAAACGGCAGUUUGACGCUGUGGAAGAUUUGGCUCGUUUCCUAAUCGACAGCCAUUACAUCAGCAACAAGUCUCUGGCAGCGCUCACCAUUGUGACCGGCACAGCAGCAGAUGUUAAGUCUCCACAGUCGUUGUCAGCAUUCAUGCCCACUGCUGAGGCUCACUCCUUCCAGCCUCACGUGACAACCUUGUCGUCACCUUCUGUCGAUGCAAAGCAGCAGCUCCAGAGAAAGAUCCAGAGAAAGCAACAACAACAGGAACAGAAGCUGCACUCUCCUUUACCUGGAGAGGGACAAACCAAGAGGGCAGAUGACAGUGGGCCUUGUUGUAGCCCCACCUCUCCAUCACCUCAGCCAGCCAUAGGCAUUGUGGUCGCUGCUGUCCCGAGCCCCAUCACGGUACAGAGAAGCAGGCAGCUGAUGUCCCCCAGUCCAGUGGGAACAAUGGAGAGCAAAGUGCUGCCUUUUAACUUUCAAAUGGUGACACAGCCAGUUCAGCCGGUGAAACAGAGCCCCAAAACCCUGCAAAAUAUUCUGGCCAGUCCCGUGGGAGAACGCACUGCUCGGCAGCGCUAUGCUCAAAUCCUACCCAAACCCUCUGCCACCACCGCUAUCACUUUGCGCUCGCCCUCCACCAUGAUCAUUGCCAACAGCCCUAUUAAGACUGUAAUGACUACAUGUCAUGUCAGCCCAGUCAGUUUGGUCAAGAUGACAGCCAUAUCUCUGGCACCCAACAGCAGCAAUACCACCACAUCCCUUACAAACACAACUCUGCGGCCGGCAUCUGCAGGUAUCAGCAGUUCUGCAAUCUCAGAAGACAUCACCUCCAAUCAAACCACAAGGAGUGCCUCCGCAGUCCCCAUUCUGACCCCGGUAGCCAGGCCAGGGCAGACUACUGGCAUUCAUGGCAUCGAUGUUGAAAUGGAAGUUGAAGCUAUACAUAAAAGCAGCCAAAUGCAAAAACCUAGCAGUCUCAGAUUGACUCAAGGAGCAAUGGCAAAUAGAACCGGAGGGGCUGUGCAGAGGGCUGCCAGUGUGCCCAUACCUCAAACUAAAGGCUUCCUGGCUCUGGAGGAGACGAUCUCUAAAUGCAAUAGAAAGUCCUCCUCAAGCACUAACACUGCCGCAGCAGUUGAAAGCAGCAAUAUGAGCGCUAAUAAUGCAAGCACUUUGCACUUAACUCCCUCCACUCAGAAUACCAGCGCUGUUUCUUUACUGAGCACCAGCAGAGCACCUUCAUUUGGGGAAACAUCAACAAAGGAAGGUUUCUUGUCCACUAAGAGCCUCAGGAAACGCUCAGGCCUCAGCCCAGAGCUUUCGCCAGUCAAAAGGGUUUUUAUGCCCCAGCAGCCAGUAGGGGGCACUGCUGGUCUUGGAUAUGGCAUCAGAAACACAGUCAGUUAUGUCCCCAGGUCAGGAGCUCCAACUAGACCUGAGAGUGCACCAGCAACCAGGGAGGUGGAAGUGAAAAUGAACUCCGUCUUGUCCACUCAAGCCAAUGCAUUCUGCACUUCCUCUUUCAGAACCAGUGGCUUUUACUCUGUUGCCAAAACACAGAGCUCAAUGCAAAGGAAAAACACUUCCACUGUUAUGGAAACUAGCACUUCAGUCAGUCACGCAUUAAUACAGCAACAGCAGGGGCACACAAUGACUAACAUGCCAAUCGUACCUUACAGCCCCAGCCUCCAGACACAUUCAGGUGAUGGUAGGAGUUCGAACUCAACCACCGGGAGCCUGGAAAGAGCUCAACAACAGACCUACACUCAGUCCAACCCUGCUGCUGAACCCAUAGAGUUUUUGAGUCAAGCUUCAUCAUCCAGUCACCUCCCCAUGCAGAUGGAUAUGGACUACUUUACCUUUGAUGAUGAUGUGACUCAGGACAGCAUUGUGGAGGAGCUGGUGCAAAUGGAGGAGCAGAUGAAACUAAACAACCUGCAGGAGUUUGGAGACUGUGUCACACUGCAAGGCCAACCGGCUGUGGUGCCAGACAACAUACUGUCCACCAAUCAGACCAUGACUGCUUUCUAUCAUGCUGCAAACAACAGCAGCAACUCGAUCCAAACUCCAACCCCGACACCCACACCCACACCGACAUCAGAGAUGAUGGGAGGAGCCCAAUGCCUCACCGGAGAGAGCCCCUGCUCACGCAUCACCUCCACCACCCCGGUGGACAGCGCACUGGGAAGCAGUCGUCACACCCCAGUUGGUACUCCACACUCCAGCUGCAGCAGCACUGUGCCUCCCAGUCCAGUGGAGUGCAGGAACCCAUUUGCAUUCACACCCAUCAACUCCAGCAUCACUGGCUUCCAUGAUGGCAGUACCGUCUCCAGCAGCCCCGUCAAGCCCAUGCAGAGGCCGAUGGCCACCCACCCAGACAAGACCAGGCUUGAGUGGAUGAAUAACAGUUACAGCAGCAGCAGCAGCGGGAGCUUAAACAAGUCAAACAGUGGAAUGGGAAUCCUCCCCAGCUAUCAAGGCUUGAUAGAUGACCAUUUUCAAAAACCUCACGCCUUCGCCGUCCCUCAUCCACGGCACCAUGACAGCAAUUUUGGCCGCUUGACUCCCAUCUCGCCUGUGCAGCAGCAGGUAGCUUGCAUGUCUAACAUGACCAAGCAGGAGGGCUUUGCUGUGCCUGCCCCUCUGGAUAGCAAAACCAACAAUGUACCUGCUACAAAUUUUCGAUGCCGCAGUGUAAGUCCAGCUGUGCAUCAAAGGAAUUUUAGCGGAAGCGCAGGAAACAGCGCCCUUCCCAAUGUACUGCGUUCAGUAGUGUCUCCCUUUAACUCUCCUGUGACGCCUGAGGUGUUGAACAUCUUUGCGAACAGCCAGACAAAUCUCGGGGUGACCAGCAUGGCUCAGCGGAGCCGUUCUGUGCCGCUCAACAUAAUGAUGCAGACUGAGGUCCCGCCAACACCGGGCCAACAAUGCAACAGCAAGAACAUCAGCAGUGUCCUCCUCAGCAAGCUGGACGGGGACCACGAUGAUGCUUUGCGGGGUCUGGGCAUCAAUAAUUUAUCCUCCAGCUACACUGCACGUAUGAACCUCACCCAGAUCCUUGAGUCUGACCCCAGCCUCUCCUGCACUGACAGCCACCUCAGCCUGAUGACCUCUGAGCCCACCAGCACAUGCAAGAUGCAGAGGCCGGAUUACCUCAUGGAAAAUGCCAUUAAUGAACAAAUGAUUCUCUCUGCAAAUGACAGCCAAGUACAAUCAGCCUCUGGAGAGCAUCAGCAGGCCCAGUCUAUGUUGUUAACUUUGAACCCACAGCAGCAGCAAGAACAGUUACAGCAGCAUCAGCAGCUGGAUUUCAGCAGUACUGUCAAAGACCUCCUGACAGAUAACAGCCUUGCUGCUGGCAGCCAGCUCAUCGAACAGGUGUCGGAGCUGACUACAGGCGGGGCGGACUUCCCGUGUGAAAUCAGAAUGACAUCAGAGCUCUCCAGUAGCAUCAAUGACCUUAAUGCAUUGGACACAAACCUUCUGUUUGACCCCAACCAGCAGCAAGGCCAAUAUCAAAAUGCUACCCCGGAGGAGUUGGUGAAUGAUCCACUGUUUCAGCAAAUUACCAGCGAGACGGCACAUUCAGGUGGACUCGACUGGUUAGAAAGCAAAGAUCAUCCCACUGUUGGUUUGAUGGGUUGAGAAUGGAGCUUUUCAAAAUUGUGUUGAUCUUGUUAGUCUGUGGUUGCUGUUUGUUUUAUUUAUUUUCAGGCAUUUACACUUUACAAUGCAACACUGGACACAUUGAGGUUUGUCCAGUUUAAGUGCCAGACUGAACUGCAAAGAUGCUGCAACACUCUGAUUAAAAUGCUGGUCAUUUCCCAUUAAUCAGAGACCAUCCCCUCACAUUGUUUAAUUAAGUGCAUUUCCAACAGGUAAACACAGGUUACUGUACAAAAGAAAAGAAGAAACCGAAUCCUUAACCUGUCUUAUUAUAUUGUGUUCGAGAUUUCACUGAAGUGUCAGUGAUUUAAAAAAAAAAAAAAAAAAAACAACAGAGCCACAAAUUUCUAAAGAAAUGUGGAAGUUAAUGCGUCUUUUACGACAUUUCUUAAUAUGAUUGUAUCUAAAUCCAAGGCAUUAUCUAAUUAAAGCAUAAGGUACAAAUGACAAAAUAUAUUUGAGACAUUUGCGUGCAAUUAUAGAGUCACUGAAAAAAAUGGAAUAUCACAUGCACCAAGUAUGAAGUAACUUGCCAUCUGUGCGAGUACAGUCAUCUUUGUAGGAGCCUUAGGUGUCGGUCUGGUUUCAGUGCCUGUAGCUGGAGAAGAUAUUAACAACAAGACAUGUUUAAAAGUAUAUAUAGAAAAUCUCAUUUAGUGACACAAACACUGAAUGUGAACCCAUUUAAUAUAAUCUCAUGAUGAGUUAUCACUGAUGAGUGAUGAUAUGUUGAAGAGUUUGCUUGGAGCAUAUAUUAGGACGUGGAUGUAUUAAUAAUGAGUGUUGUAUCCAUUUAUCUAAUCGUAAACGUAAUAGUGGAAUAUAUGAAGAGUAUCUGUUAGAACUUUGGAAGUGUAUCAGAGCCAUAAAAGGAGGAGAUAUGAUAUGAUAUAAUUGUCAGUUCCAAAGUGAUCAUAGUUCUGGUUAUUAGCAUAUCCACAUUCUUCAGGCUUUGAAAGACUUGUACAUGAUGUCAAUAAUAAUGACUGGCCUCUGCUUUAUUGCUAUAAAACAUAGUCUUGUUUAAUCAUAAUUAUAAAGCUCUAAUGAAUCCCUUUAAUUUACAUGCAAAAUUAGCCUUUGUUAAUUGUUUAAUCCAAAGAUAUAUUAAGAAAUAACAGCCAUACACUAUAUGAAAAAAAAUCAGAAACAGAUUCAUGUCAAAGAAAAACAAGAGUUAUCUUAGUGGUUCUGGCACUAAAAAUAGCUUUAAUUAUGCAUCUGUUUACAUGCCAUUUAUACGGAAGUUGUGUCACACAGAGCAUAAUGAAGGGUUGUGUGAUACCUUUUCAUGUUGUAGAGCCACAUACAACAUGAAUCAAACAAGCAGCGAAAGAUGUAGGCUCAGCCACAAGAAAAAACGUUUACCUAAGAAUAAAACUAGACUCAUGCAAUGGGGGGAUUCCUGCACUUUUAAAGUAUGAAUCAAUAAAAAUUGAUUGGAAGUUACAGGGGAAGGUUUUCAUCUCAAAAUAAAGUAGAUGAAAGUGAAAGGAACGUAAUAAACACUUAAACUCAUCAAACUGCACUGACAAUCUGUAAUACUUGUUUUUCUUUACAACAAUGCACUAUGUUUCGUUUGGAUGAUUUUUUUAGGAGGAAUUUUAUUUUUUCGCCGCCUGUCCCGAGAAAUGAAUCAAAAUGUAUAACAGCUACUGAUCAAAUGUGAAAGUCUUUUACAUGUUUUACACUGAUGUUGAGCAGUGUGUAAAGAAGGGAUGCGACCACUGGUUCAAAGGUGCUUCGGGGGGUUUUUGGUUUCUGAGCCUCAUGUUCUUACCAAAGACUCACCUUUAAAUAUAACCUGCAAUAACAUGCACUAAGAUCUUGAGUGUCUAAUAUAAAUCUCCUGUGUGACAUGUUGACAACAGUUAUAACAAGCAUAUUUUGUCAUAUGAAGGCUAAAAUGGAAAAUGUUGCAUUGGAAAAACAUUUGUUUCUAAAAAAAAAAAAUGAGUGCAUCAGUACAACAUUAAGGAUUUCCCCAUGUUUUUCUAAACCAAACAGGUACAUCAAGUUUUUGUUGAGGCAAAAAAAACACUGUAAUGUAUUCAUGAACAGUUUCUCUGUGUGUAGCAUCAGGUCCCUGAGUGUACAUUGUUGGUCACACUAACUUUAUUUGUUGUACAGAUCGUUGGUGUGGCCAGUUGUCCAGCGUGUUUUUGUUUCACGGUUAUUUAUGUAGUGUGUUGUUUGUACAGAAGGUAUAACCUUGCAAACCAUAUAACCUUGUGUGUUCACAAUAAUCUGAUUUGCACUGCUUUGUAGCAUAUAUUUCAAGUGUCAUAGCAUAUUACCAUCUAUCAUAUACAGUACUUCUUUUUUCAGCGGAUGAUUUGUCCAAUAUAUGAUGGUGAAUAAUAAGAAAAUUUACCAAAACUCUCAAGAUUCAGCUUGCUAUGUAAAACCUUUCAGAACUGGAUUUUGGCAGAAAAUUAUCAUAGAAAAGAUUUGCACAACUUUUAAAGAAGUAAAUGAGACUAUGCAUGAUUAUAUGCUGUAAUAUUAAGGUCAUGAUAUCUUGCAAACGCAGUGUACUGAAUCUUUGAGUGUGUUGAUAAAUUGACAGUUGUUUUAUACCGAUUACAGAACUUUUAACUUCUGUAAAAGCAGAUUGUAUCAUUGUAAUAUAUAAUCUCAUUUUGAGUCUAAUUUAAUAUUGAGUAUUCUGACCUUUCAAACCUUUCUUAACUGUGUGUCUGUGAAAACAUUUGCAUUUAUUUUGUUAGCACUGAUGUUUGUGUUUAUGAAGACGUUACCCUUCCUCUUGUUAUAAGUGGUGUAGAGCUGUAGAACGACCCUCACUGUAGUCCUGUUGCUGCGGUCAGUCUACAGGGGAGUUGUUUUGUUGGUUUUUUUGCAUUUUAGCAAGUGAUUUUAUAAGAGGAAGUGCUUAUUGAUACUGAUUUUUAAAGACUUUUUUAACACUAAUAAACAUUUUUAAGUACA